AUGUCAUCCAGACAGUGCAGUAUCUGCUAUCAAGAAGGGGCAGAACUCGGUGAAAAGAAGGGGGGAAUUGAGAAAUAUCUCAGUCUAGGCAUGACUAUCUCCAGCGCAGCUUCAAUGCAAUUGACUUCCCUGAACUCGCUACUUCCGACAUUUCUUCCCGAGGAGCACGCGGAGCAACAACCAAUGGAUCGUCGUGACACGGCGUUUUCCCAUGGCAGCCGGAGCAAGCUUUGCAGACUGGGCUUAAAAGGAGCUCCAAGUGAGCUUCUAAAAGUUGUCGUAACAGGGGGAAAUCCGGUUUGGAUUGUGCCUGCGGGACACAAAAUGAGGGUAUCUCAUCUCAUUUUGAAUCCAUUGGCUGGCUGCAUCAGGCGGUGCUAUCGGUACAAAUUGUCUCGAGCCAGUGAGACUCCAGAAGCAGACGCCAUGCCCUGUCUGCUUGUGCAUGAACCUGUCGUCGAAAUAUUGAGGAUUGCAAACGCACCCAGCCCAUCAAAAAGUAUUUGGGUUAGGUCUGACGAUCGUGAGGCUGGCUGGAAUAUCUGA